GCGCGCCGGACUCCGCCCCUGGAGGCGUCGCGCACUGGCGGCGUCGUCAUGGAGCCGAGUGCGGGUGUUUCCAAACAGGACAUUCGUGAGCAGAUUUGGGACUACAUGGAAUCACAAAAUCUAGCUGACUUUCCCCGGCCUGUUCAUCACAGGAUUCCCAACUUCAAGGGCUCUUAUCUGGCUUGCCAAAACAUCAAAGACCUAGAAGUUUUUGCCAGAAUGCAGGAAGUUAAAGUGGACCCUGAUAAACCGCUGGAAGGUGUUCGGCUGCUGGCGCUGCAGAGCAGAAAAACAUUGUUGGUUCCAACACCACGACUGAGAACGGGGUUGUUUAAUAAGAUCACACCACCCCCCGGGGCAACUAAAGACAUCUUGAGAAAAUGUGCCACCUCUCAGGGCGUGAGGAGCUUCAGCACUCCCGUGGGCUUGGACGCCAGGGUCCAGGUGGACUUGGUUGUGGUGGGGUCUGUGGCUGUUUCUGAGAAAGGCUGGAGAAUUGGGAAGGGAGAAGGUUAUGCUGAUCUAGAAUAUGCCAUGAUGGUGUCCAUGGGAGCAGUUAGCCCGGAGACGCCAGUGGUCACCAUCGUCCACGACUGUCAGGUCGUUGACAUACCUGAAGCGCUCCUUGAGGAUCACGACCUCACAGUGGACUAUAUUCUCACUCCAACGAGGGUCAUUGCCACGGGGUGUGAGCGCCCGAAGCCAGCGGGAAUCAUCUGGUCAAAGAUCAGCUGUGAGAUGAUGGAGAAAAUCCCAGUACUGAGGAGCCUUCGCAGCCGAGAGAAGCAGGCUGGGAAGGACGUCAGCCUACAGGAUGAGCCGCGGGACCUGGAUGCCAGCCGCCUGCAGACGGCGCCACUGCGUGCACUCAGGGGACCCCAGGCCCUACCCCUAGCCACGCAGCGGGAAGACGUGCCUGCUGACACUGUUUACGUUGGGAACCUCCCCCGGGAUGCCCGAGUGAGCGAGCUGAAGACGGCCCUCAGAGCCCAUGGCGCAGCCCCGCUGCGGCUCAGCUGGCAGGGGCCACAGCGCAGGGCCUUCCUCCACUACCCGGACGCCGCCUCGGCCCAGCAGGCCGUCUCCUGCCUGCAGGAUUUACGCCUGGGUGCCAACACCUUGAGGGUGGCACUGGCCAGGCAGCAGAGGCCCAGUGACUUGGUGGACACCCGCCCUGGAGAACCGCACCCUAACCAUCGCCCGGCCGUCGCUGACCUACGACAAUGCCCUGCUCCAGUCCCCGUGGAGCUUCAGCGGCCCACGGAGCAGGACACGCAGAGCUGUGGCUGCAUGAGCCUUUCCUAGGGAGUCACAGCCUUCGUUACUGCCUGGCAGUCUCCUGAUGGGUAGGGAGUGAGCAGUGACACCCUUCCCACGUGCGGGAGGCUGGGAACCCAGUGUGUGCAGGCUCUAGUUUAUCUCGGUCCUUUGGCCAGCCGGGUGGUAUAGACCUGUGGCUCUCUCUGUAGAGACAGCAGUUCGGAGGGUUCAGGGGGUUGAGUGAGCAAUAAACAAGUGGGAGUAAGUGGUGACA